UCGAAGUUGACAUUUAAAAUGGUUAAGGCAAGGGUUAGGUAAGGGUUAUGGUUAAUGUUAGGGUUUAGGAUAUGGACGUCCCAAGGAUCCUCUAUUGCACUGACCGAGCCUUGAGGGGAGAGCAAGCGAAAGACACGAAAGAGAGAGAUUGAAAAAAACUGCGUAGCGAACAGUUAGAAAGAGACGGGAGAGGUUCAUUUUCUGGGUCGUACGUACGUUGCGGAGCUUUCCUUUACUUUUAUGCAAAAAGACAACUCAAUUGAUCGUCCCGUCAAGGUUUGGGGUGCUCCUCUUCAUAAUAUCCUGCUAUUACAUGGUAGCAAAGACCUGAAGACAAGAGGGCGUGUAAGAUGGCAGUGUGGAUCCAGGCCCAGCAGCUCCAGGGGGAUGCGCUGCACCAGAUGCAGUCUCUCUAUGGACAGCACUUCCCCAUCGAGGUGCGCCAUUACCUGUCCCAGUGGCUCGAGGGCCAACUCUGGGAUGUGAUCGAUCUGGAGAACCCCCAGGAGGAGUUUAAGGCCAAGCGUCUGCUGGACAGCUUGAUCCAGGAGCUGCAGAACAAGGCUGAGCAUCAGGUGGGAGAGGACGGCUUCCUGCUCAAGAUCAAACUGGGACACUACGCCAGCCAGCUCAAGAGCACGUAUGACCGCUGCCCUCUGGAGCUGGUGAGAUGCAUCAAACACAUCCUGUACACGGAGCAGAGGCUAGUCCGAGAGGCCUCUAAUUCAAGCUCCCCAGUGGGCGGGAUGAUGGACAGCAUGUCCCAGAAGUACCAGCAGAUCAACCAGGCAUUUGAGGAGCUGCGCCUGCUGACCCAGGACACAGAGAACGACCUGAGAAAGCUCCAGCACAACCAGGAGUACUUCAUCAUCCAGUACCAGGAGAGCCUCCGCAUCCAGGCCCAGUUGACCAGCCUGGCCACACUGCCCCCUGCUGACAGACAGCUGAGGGAGCCCACAUUACUGAGCAAGAGAGCCACCGUGGAGGCCUGGCUCACCCGGGAGGCCAACACACUACAGAAAUACAGACUGGAGAUGAUUAGAAAGCACCAGAAGAGCCUGCAGCUGCUGAGGAAGCAGCAGACCAUCAUCCUGGAUGACGAGCUGAUCCACUGGAAGAGACGUCAACAGCUGGCCGGCAACGGGGGUCCUCCAGAGGGGGGGCUGGACAUCCUGCAGUCCUGGUGUGAGAAGUUGGCAGAGACGAUCUGGCAGAACAGGCAGCAGAUCAGGAGAGCAGAACACCUGAGACAACAGCUUCCCAUCCCCGGCCCCAUCGAGGAGCUACUGAACGACCUCAACAGCACCAUCACAGACAUCAUCUCAGCACUGGUCACCAGCACCUUUAUCAUAGAGAAGCAGCCUCCCCAGGUGCUGAAAACCCAGACCAAGUUUGUCGCCACAGUGCGCCUCCUAGUGGGCGGGAAGCUCAAUGUGCACAUGAACCCCCCGCAGGUCAAGGCCACCAUCAUCAGUGAACAGCAGGCGAAGGCCUUGCUCAAGAACGAGAACACCAGGAAUGACAGCAGUGGAGAGAUCCUUAACAACAACUGUGUGAUGGAGUACCACCAGGCCACAGGAACACUCAGUGCCAACUUCAGGAACAUGUCUUUGAAGAGGAUCAAGCGCUCGGACCGGCGAGGGGCGGAGUCUGUGACAGAGGAGAAGUUUACCAUUCUGUUUGAAUCUCAGUUUAGCGUCGGGGGUAAUGAGCUGGUCUUUCAGGUUAAGACGUUAUCACUUCCUGUGGUGGUGAUUGUCCAUGGUAGCCAAGACAAUAACGCCACAGCAACAGUGCUGUGGGACAACGCUUUUGCCGAACCCGGUCGGGUGCCCUUCAUAGUGCCUGACAAGGUGCUGUGGCCCCAGCUGUGUGAGGCCCUCAACAUGAAGUACAAGGCGGAGGUGCAGAGUAACCGUGGCCUCUCAGAGGAGAACCUGGUCUUCCUGGCCCAGAAAGCCUUCAGUAGCUCCAGCAUCAACCCUGAUGACUACCGCGGCAUGACCAUGACCUGGUCCCAGUUCAACAGGGAGAGUCUGCCUGGCAGGAAUUUCACGUUCUGGCAGUGGUUUGAUGGGGUCAUGGAACUCACAAAAAAACAUCUCAAACCACACUGGAAUGAUGGGGCGAUCCUGGGAUUUGUGAACAAGCAGCAGGCUCAGGACAUGUUGAUGUCCAAACCCAACGGGACCUUCCUGCUCCGCUUCAGCGACUCUGAGAUCGGAGGGAUCACUAUCGCCUGGGUGGCUGAGAACCCCAACAAACCAGGGGAGAGAAUGGUGUGGAACCUCAUGCCCUACACAGCCAAAGACUUCUCCAUCCGCUCUCUGGCUGACCGCAUCAGUGACCUCAACCACCUCCUCUUCCUCUACCCAGACAGACCUAAGGAUGAGGUCUUCUCCAAAUACUACACGCCACCCCUGUCCAAAGCAGUGGAUGGAUACGUGAAACCGCAGAUCAAACAAGUGGUACCAGAGUUCACCACGACCAAUCCUGACCCAGCAGCAAACCCCACCUACAUGGAUCACGGAGCCUCCCCUGUUGUCAGUCACCCUCCAAACUACGGCAUAUACCCGCCUAUGAGUGACUCCAUGUUAGAUGCGGACGGUGACUUUGACCUGGAUGACACCAUGGACGUGGCGCGACACGUUGAGGAGCUGCUGCGGCGACCGAUGGAGAGCCAAUGGAGCGGCCAGCAGUCGUGACCCUCAAUCUCUGACCCCUGACACCAACAAAAGAACCCUGCACCUUUUGACAUUUCUGAUGGUUUAAUUCCAUUCAUAUCCUCCUGUUUUAUUUCAGAUAGCUAUAUUGUGAAAUGUUAAUAAUGUUUGUGAUUGUUUUUUAGUUUUUUCUUCUCAGCAAGAAAACUGCAUGUCAGUGACCUUUUUUCAGUUUGUCUCCGUGCGUAUCUGUAAAACAGACUAGGUAUAAAUGCAAAAAAACAACAAUGUUACAGUAUUGUAUAAAAAAAAAAGUCAUUCAAUUCACGCAAGCAUUUUCAUUUGGUCAUAAUUCUAACAAAGAUUUUUGAAGAGCACUCUCCACAACCGGUAUGAAGUCAUUUAAACAGUUGUUUUUGUUUUUUGUUUAGUUAUUUUAUUAUUGGAAAUGGUUUAUCAACAGAGUUUUUUUAAUUCAACCCUCCCUCUGCCAAGAAAGAGAAAAACUUAAAUGAAGAAUUUGUUGUUGUUAUUGACACCAUCAUCGGAUUUGUUGCUAAGGGAAGUUUCAAUUAGUAGUAUAAUAAUACUGAAUCUUUAUACACUAAACUCCAAGCAGAAUGGCUCUCAUUUCAUUCUCAGAGCACACUGAGUAUCUAUGUCACACACACGCGCGCACACACACAAGGAUGCAUCACGCACACACACACGCGCGCACGCACGCGCACACGCACACACACACACACACACGCACACACACACACACACACACACACACACUGUUGCAUAAUAUACAUCAGCUCCAACUGAAACUUGGGGACUUUGGGCCCCCUCUACACUCACAGGGAUAUUUUAGUUUCCUGUAUUUGCACACAGAUGCAAUGUAAAUACAAGCAUGUAUCCAGCAUGGCCACUCAAGUCUCUGGACAGCCCAUAGAGAAAAGAUAGAUGACUCAUCAUUAACAUAACCCGUUUUUAACAUGGCCAUUGCCAUUGAGGUCUUCCACCAUUUUAAAGUUGUCAUCUGGGUGGGGAUUCCUAUGGGUUGGGAGCAAUCAGCCAAUGAAGAAGAAUAACAUGUACUACUUUAGUACCUCAACAGUGCUGCCCAUGCUGUCACACAGACGCUUUAAUGGCACAGAUAUAAAGAUGAGUCCUCUAUCUAUCUCCCCUCCAUACCCCUGUAGAUGAUGUAUGCGCCAUCAACGCUAACUCUCACUACCACUCUGUCUGUCUGUCUGUCUGUCUGUCUGUCUGUCUGUCUGUCUGUCUGUCUGUCUGUCUGUCUGUCUGUCUGUCUGUCUGUCUGUCUGUCUGUCUGUCUGUCUGUCUGUCUGUCUGUCUGUCUGUCUGUCUGUGUCUGGUGUUUUAAACAACUCAUUUGGUCAUGUCUUGUUAUUGGUUGUGAUGUCUAGUGUUGACAAUCUAUUUGGGGAGCUGUUUGGAUGUGUGUAGGGGAGCUGAGGUCACUGGGGUGUGUGUGGAGGUUGGGGUUUAGUUGGGAGAUCUGUAGGAAAGUCCAUUGCUAGGACUGAUGGUAGAAGAGUCUCUAUACUGGGUCCUUAUUGGCUUAGUAUUGUGCAUCUGCUGAAGUACACUAACUACUCAAUCCAUAGCCUGAGAUGACUAGUGGAGAUCUAAUUCUACUCAUUUUACCAUGGGGCAGAGAUAGAGAUGCAUGUUUUGAAGAUUUAAAGCUAAUUCCCUGCAAUGCUACCAGUUUUGCCAUUGGGUGGCGACACAUUUUUACAGUUUUAAAGCAAAUUUCCUGUAAUUCUACACAUUUUGCCAUGACUUAUGUCAUGUUAAUGAUAUCUGAGUGAGUGUGACUAGCUAGACUAACUUGCCACUGUAAGCUGUUAGCCGACAUGGCUAAUUAAGUGACCGUCAGUGACAAAACAGGAGAAAAACUGCUGAUGCACAAGCACAUUUCGAACCUUCACCUUCUAACUUUCAACAGUAAAUUUAGAACCCAACUGAGUUUUUUUUUUUUAAAGCGACCGCUGAUAUUGCUUAUGUCUGGAGCCAGCCCUGAUGGUACUCCUGUCUGUCUGUCUCUCUGUCUGGUUUUUCUCUCUCUGUCGAUCUCUGUCAGUAAGCCUGUCUUCUGUUUGCUGUUAUUACUGAUCACUGUUACUAAAUCUGCAUCUGCAUGUGCAUGUAUGUCUCUGUGUGAUAUAACAUAAAACAUCAACUGACAACCUGAGGUAUAGAUAUAUAGCUAUGUGUGCAGACAAUAUGAGGUGCUUGAACACUUGACUCAUCAGUCCCGAGCAUGAAGGCCAUUGCUACCAUAACGUUUGGGAUAUUUUGGCACUGGCUCACUCCCUGUCUUUCAGCCAAGAUGUUGUAGUGGGUCUGUCUCCAUAUACUCCCAGCAGGAUUAGUCUGCCAUAGUACACCUUAGCUACCGCAGUUUAACAAAGCAUGUAACGAUAGAUCCACCUGUUGCCGUGGCUACGCUGUUCACCCCCCCCCCACACUCCCCCCCACAUACACACACACACUUCUGAACCAUUGGGCAAUAUCAUGACGACAGCAACACCACACAACCCCCACAGUUAUAUUACACACACACAACCCAUCCCCUCUACUCAUAAACUCUGCCCUCUCAGGAAGGAAGCCCUACACUCGGUUGAUGUAUCAUAAAAUGAAAAAAAAGACAAAUAGAGUCUCUGUCUAUUAGUGGAGGCUGGUGGGAGGAGCUAUAGGAGGAUGGGCUUAUUGUAAUGGCUGAAAUGGAAUUAAUGGAACGGAGUCCAACAUGUCGUUUCCAUAUGUUCGAUGUGUUUUGAUACAGUUCCAUUGAUUCCAUUCCAGCCAUUACAAUGAGCCCAUCCUCCUAUAGCUCCUCCCACCAGCCUCCUCUGCUAUCUAUAUACAGCAUAUAUGAAUUUAUUUUCUGUACCAUAAUUCUAUUUUAUUACAGUAUACUGUACGUCUGUGGUACGCCCCUCUGAAUGUAAUCCCCUUGCAUGACCUGAGGAGGGUGUACGUAUAACAUGGCAGCCACUGCAACCUCUUAGGUUUCAUCAGAAGUUUCUGAAAAAAGCCAUAUUGCAAACGGGAAUCAGAAGAAUGUUGCUUUUGUGUUUGUACAGCUGACAUUAUUUACACUUUUCCUAUCUUUGUUUCUUUCAUUUUUCCGGGUCAAAACAGCUAGUUUUUCUUCUUUGUAUUUCUUGAUUUCACUGAUGUUGUUUGAAGAGUCAAAGCUACAUGGCAAUUCUUGUGACGUUUCCUUUUUUUUUUACAUUAUUCUGAUAAUUUCAAACUUGGAUCUUUGCUUCACUUUAGUUAAUCUAUGUACUCUGGAAGCUGUAUAUGAGGCUGUGUUCUGUUCAGUGUUAGUUCCAUGUUUGUGGUUGGGUUUUAGCACUUCGGUUGUGUUCCAAAAAAAACUGCAAAUGAAGAAAAAAGUUUUAUAAAUAAUUUCAACAGUAACAUGUAUAAUGAAAAAUAAGUUGUGACUGAAUAAAUGUAAUGGUUUAUUUGUUCA